GACUUUUGAUUUGAAAUGGGAGUCUUCUACUAUAGUCUUUCCACUCUUCUUUUGUUAUUUAUAUGUCUCAAAGACACAUAUGCCGAGCUGAAAUUCGAAAAAGAACUGAAAGUGGCACUUGACACAAAAGAUGUAAAGGCUUCUCCUUACUACAAGGACAAAGUGCUUUCACUGCCAAUUUCCAAAGAAGCUGGUACAGAGCUAUGGCAGCAUUGGACGGAUCAGGCCUUUUCCGGACUGAUUUCAGCGAUUGCUACUAGAAGGUUAAAUUUAGUUGAGAAAUAUGACAAGAAAAAGCAUGAAAAGUGCUCUUCAAAAGCUCAUGAUAUCACUAGUCACGCAAAAUGUCUCGUUGAUUUGGAGAGUGAUGGAUUGAAAAAUCGAUUGCUCAAGAGAAAAAAGUACUUUGAUCAGAAGACCCGCAGCUCUAUUGAAAAAAAGUCUAGAACAACCAAGAAGUCAGAUAAGCUGAAGAAGCUAAGAAGUAUGGAAAGCUAUGAAGCAUCUAAAAGUGCUGAGAAGAAGAAGAGAAGAAGAACUCUGAAAAAUUCCAAAGAAGAACCAUGGGUGGGCUCGUUCAAGACAGCCAGAAGAGCCAAGAGGUCGAUCAAAGUGAAGCAAGCAGAUAGCUAUGUGUUGAAGUCGGAUUAUGAUAAAUCCCCAUUCUCCCGAAUUACGAAAAAUCUGCAAGAAAGCGUGCGAAUCUUUAAAAAUAAAGACCGUGUCUCCAAAUGGCAGGAUAUCAUCGCACGGAUUCGAGAUGAAAGUUUCCGACUCAAGACACGUAAGCAAGCCGAGAAUCUGCAGAGAAAACGGAUGAGAGUAUUCCAAGACGCGAAGAGAAUCCGAUCAAAUGAGAGUGGCUCAAUGGAGGAGCGGAAGAGAAGGAAGCAGGUGGAUGGAUCGUUAAGGAGUUUCGCUAGCAUGGAGAAAUACAUCGAUGACGAGGAGCUAAAAGAGAUGUUCCAUCAGAAAACUUCCAACAUGACAGAGGAAGAGAAAAUGAUGCUGGUCCCAAUUGACAUGAUACGACAGGCCACAAAAAUUGGACUUGGGCUCACUGGACACAACACAACUGAUUUUGAUGGAAAAAAUCUCAAAGUGAUGAGUCCUCGGUUUAUGAGUAUCUUACCGGAAGAUAAAGAGGGCAAAGGAAACGAGGUUGAUCUACUCUCCCCAUCACUAUUCUCUCUGCAUGACGAGGGAACUGAUAUUGAGAAGAAAACUUCUUUCCGCUCACUAUUGGGAUCUGCGAUGACUGACACCGACACCCAGAACUUUUUAGAUUUACUGGUAGAAGCUACUGGAGUAGCCGAAGCUGUGGAAGACGCUGAGCACAAAAUGAUAGAUGCUCAGAGAAUGAAAGAUGAUGCGAUGGGAAGAGGUCCUGAUGGUCAACCACUUUAUUUUACAAAAGAGAAUAUCACAGAGAGAUUUCCAUCGGAAGCGAGGAAGAUAGAGUUAAUGGAGAAGUUGGAUAAAACCUAUUCAAUUGAACAACUGAAAGAUAUGAAUCAAACUGGAUAUACUGUAUUGACACCGAAGCAAAUGCAACUGAUGUACGGAAAACAGUCUCCGUUCAAGAAUCCAAAGUUAUUGAGGACUUAUAAGAAUAUGACGAGAGCAGAGAUUCAUAGAUCGAUUCACAGUACGAUUAAGGAUGUGGCAGAUAAGAAGUUGAAAUUCGAUGUCCGCCAAAAAGACAUCGUCCUCUCCCCAAUCGUCAACACACCAAUCAUCAACAACCCUGCCUUAGCAUCCCAGGCACUCAUCCUCUCCCCAGCCCUCUUCGUCCCCCUGAUUCAAUCUCCCGCCGUAUUCGGAACCGUGGUGCUCUCUCCAUGGCUCUUCGUCCCCGUAAUUCUGUCGCCUCGUGUGCUGAGCCCGGUAAUCCUCGACCCGUUCAUGUUCGUCCCAAUCGUCCUAUCCCCAUUGGCGCUGGUCCCGGUAGUCCUGUCGCCAGGGGUAUUCAAUCCAUUCAUCUUGUCCCCACUAGUCCUGUGCCCCUUCGUUCUGUCCCCUCAAGUCAUGACCCCACUGAUUUUGUCGCCAUUCGCACUGACCCCCUUGAUCCUGAACCCGCUACUCAUGUCUCCAGUAAUACUGUCACCAUUCGUGCUAUCCCCACAAGUGUUGUCACCUCAGUUUUUGACCGGAAUCGUUUUAUCCCCGUCUGCACUGUCACCAGCUAUUCAGUCGGAUGGAAAAUUGGUUACAGUCAUCGCCUCUCCAAGUUUGCUUAGUUAA